AUGGAUAACAAACCGCAAGACAAGAUGGAAAGUCUGUUCACACCAACGGCGGAGACGUCCACACAUGAUGCGGAAUCGAUUAAAAAAGCCCACGAUUUGAUCAAAACAUACUCAGAGUCUUUUGGGAGUUAUAUGGAGGACAUCUUUUGUCAGGGAGAGGAGUCAGGUAACACCCAAGCUUUGAGCAGUGUACCUGCUACUAUGCGUAAUUUUGGCAACAUGGACACCUUAAACCGUGCACCUAGCUCAGGAGGUGACAGCGCGAGUUGGAAAGACUUUUUAGUUCCUGGGAACUGUGUGGUAAACAAAGAUUCUUCCGAACAUAUAGAAAUAACAAAAACCGAAAAUUUGGCGUGGACUGCGGCGCCGGUAAAUCGUGAAGACAUACAGGCAAAGGAAACCGUGACGCGCUCCGCAAUGGUGCCAAAGCAAAGUUUGAGUGGAACACCCACUUCAACGACGGAAAUCGGCCAAUUUAUUAAAGAUGACCAACAACCCUCGCUCAUAAUGGAGCCAGAAUCGUCUGAGUUUGACCUUUAUACAACGAAUAUAUUACCUUUGGACCCAUCUUUUGCCACCGCAAGGACGCAACAACUUGGAUAUGGCGAAGACUCCAACACUUCAACGCACACCUCUCCAACUACACAACAUCUUUCUUUAGACAAUGCACGGUACUUGGAUUCAGCUUUGGAUAACCCCCUACAUAACAUCUCAAAAAUCAAACCAGAUCCCGGCUGUUUCAUUUCCUUCCCUGGUGAAACACUCCUUAAUAGUGCAUCGAUGGGUUACGCGCAACAGUCGCUCCAGCAUUUGCCAAUCUAUAAGGGUGAAUCGUCCGGAUUAUCUGUCUCGACAAGGUCCGCGGAUUCUCAGUUAUGGUACCAGGCAACUGGUUUUUCUACGGAUCAGCACCCGCAGAUUGACUAUCUGUCCUCAGUUGGGAUGCCCAAUGCUUGCUCAAAGUACUGUUCCCCGACGACCUAUAGCUCCUAUUUGAGUGUGUUACCCCAAAGGGCGUGCGUCAUCUGUGGGGACGAAGCGUCUGGGUGCCACUACGGCGUCCUAACCUGUGGCAGCUGUAAGGUGUUUUUUAAGAGAGCAGUAGAGGGCCAUCAUAACUACCUGUGUGCCGGACGAAACGACUGCAUCGUGGACAAGAUCCGCAGGAAAAAUUGCCCUGCAUGCCGCCUCAGAAAGUGCUACCAGGCUGGGAUGAUUCUGGGAGGUCGGAAGCUGAAGAAGUUCGGCGGUAUGAAGGCCGUGACUCUGCCCCAGUCCCUCGUGGUCAACGCCCAGCGAAGGCUGUCGUGCGACGGCCAGGCCCUGUUGCCGCUGUCCUGCCUGUCCGGGGUCCGGGAGCUGCAGCUCUCCCCGCAGAUCAUCAGCAUCCUCGAGAGCAUCGAGCCGGAGGUGGUGUACUCCGGCUAUGACAACACGCAGCCUGACAUGCCCAACAUGCUGCUCAACAGCCUCAACCGCCUGUGCGAGAGGCAACUGCUGUGGAUCGUCAAGUGGUCCAAGUCCCUGCCAGGAUUUCGCAGUUUACACAUCAAUGACCAAAUGGCUCUUAUUCAGUACUCCUGGAUGAGCUUGAUGGUGUUUUCUCUGGGUUGGAGGUCAUUCCAGAACGUGACCCAUGAAUACCUCUACUUUGCACCAGACCUCAUUCUCAGCGAGGAGCGAAUGAAGAGGUCUCCUAUCUAUGACCUGUGCCUGGCAAUGCAGUUCAUCCCCCACGAGUUUUCCAACCUCCAAGUAACGAGGGAGGAGUUUCUGUGCAUGAAGGCCUUGCUGUUGCUUAACACCGUGCCACUGGAGGGCCUGAAGAGCCAGGCGCAGUUCGAGGAGAUGCGGCAGAGCUACAUCCACGAGCUCACCAAGGCUAUCCACCUGAAGGAAAAGAGCGUGGUGGCCAGCUCCCAACGCUUCUACCACCUGACCAAACUGAUGGACCACAUGCAUGACAUUGUGAAGAAGCUACACCUGUAUUGCCUGAGUACCUUCAUCCAGGCGGAGGCUAUGCGGGUUGAGUUCCCGGAGAUGAUGUCAGAGGUCAUCUCCUCCCAGCUCCCCAAGGUGCUGGCGGGCAUGGUGAGGCCCCUCCUGUUUCAUGCCAAGUGAGGGCACUGAAUCCUGCAGAGGCUCAACAGAAAACACUGGGGCAUCAUGGGACAAGGGGGGCAGCUUCCCAAGUUAUUUACACUCAGCGCUC